CGUCCUGAACCGAGCCGGGGUGCGGGUGGGAGCCGCCGCCCCAUGCGCUGAGGGGGCGGCGGGAUGGGGCCGCGGGGCGCCGGCGGCUGGGCUGGCCGCGCUGGGGAGCCGGCUGCCGGCUGGACGUGCCUCUUGCCGCUGCUGCUGUGCGCUGCGCUCCGGAGCCUGCUGGCCAGCCCCGGCAGUGAGGUGAAUUUACUGGACUCGCGCACGGUAAUGGGGGAUCUGGGCUGGGUUGCCUACCCAAAAAACGGGUGGGAAGAGAUCGGUGAGGUGGAUGAGAACUACGCUCCCAUACACACCUACCAAGUGUGCAAGGUGAUGGAACAGAAUCAGAACAACUGGCUUCUGACCAGCUGGAUCUCUAAUGAAGGGGCAUCCCGCAUCUUCAUCGAGCUCAAAUUCACCCUGAGGGACUGUAACAGCCUUCCAGGAGGACUUGGGACGUGCAAGGAGACUUUCAACAUGUAUUACUUUGAGUCAGACGACGAGGACGGGAGGAAGAUCAGAGAAAACCAGUACAUCAAGAUCGACACCAUCGCCGCCGACGAGAGCUUCACCGAGCUGGACCUUGGUGACAGAGUUAUGAAGUUGAACACGGAGGUGAGAGACGUUGGGCCCCUGAGCAAGAAGGGCUUUUACCUGGCUUUCCAGGACGUGGGGGCCUGCAUCGCCCUGGUCUCCGUGCGAGUGUACUACAAGAAGUGCCCCUCGGUGGUCCGCAACCUGGCUCGCUUCCCCGACACCAUCACGGGAGCCGACUCCUCGCAGCUGCUGGAGGUGGCCGGGGUCUGCGUUGACCACUCAGUGACUGAGGAGGCCCCCAGGAUGCACUGCAGUGCUGAGGGGGAGUGGCUGGUGCCCAUCGGGAAGUGCCUGUGCAAGGCGGGCUACGAGGAGAAGAACAACACCUGCCACGUAUGCAGACCUGGGUUCUUCAAAGCUUCACCCCACAGUCCAUCCUGCAGCAAAUGUCCCCCUCACAGCUACACCCUUGAUGAAGCAUCCACAUCUUGCCUGUGUGAAGAACACUAUUUUAGGAAGGAGUCAGACCCACCUACCAUGGCCUGUACAAGACCCCCCUCUGCUCCUCGGAGUGCCAUCUCCAAUGUUAACGAGACUAGUGUCUUUCUGGAAUGGAUCCCCCCUGCUGAUACUGGUGGAAGGAAAGAUGUGUCUUAUUUUAUUGCAUGCAAGAAGUGCAGCUCCCCCUCGGGGCUGUGUGAGGCCUGUGGCACUCAUGUCAGGUACCUCCCCCAGCAAAGCGGCCUGAAAAACACCUCGGUCAUGCUGGUGGAUCUGCUGGCCCACACAAACUAUACCUUUGAGAUUGAGGCGGUGAACGGCGUGUCCGACCAGACCCCCGCCGCGCGCCACUUUGUGGCCGUCAAUGUCACCACAAACCAGGCAGCACCUUCUCCAGUCAGUAGUGUGAAAAAGGGGAAGAUCACUAAAAAUAGCAUCUCCCUUUCCUGGCAGGAGCCAGAGCGACCCAACGGCAUCAUCCUGGAAUACGAAAUCAAGUACUUUGAAAAGGACCAGGAGACGAGCUACACCAUCAUCAGAUCCAAGGAGACGGUGAUCACGGCGGAUGGCCUCAAGCCAGGCUCAGCCUACGUCUUCCAGAUCCGCGCCCGGACGGCUGCUGGCUACGGUGGCUUCAGCCGAAGAUUUGAGUUUGAAACCAGCCCUGUCUCAGUGGCUGCAUCCAGUGACCAGAGCCAGAUCCCCAUAAUUGUUGUGUCUGUAACAGUGGGAGUCAUUCUGCUGGCGGUGGUGCUUGGCUUCCUCCUCAGUGGCAGUUGCUGCGAUCAUGGCUGUGGGUGGGUUUCUUCUUCUCUGCGUGCUGUUGCCUAUCCGAGCCUUACAUGGCGAUGUGGCUAUAGCAAGGCUAAGCAAGAUCCAGAAGAAGAAAAGAUGCAUUUUCAUAAUGGCCACAUUAAGCUGCCAGGAGUGAGGACUUAUAUCGAUCCCCACACCUAUGAGGACCCUAACCAAGCUGUCCACGAGUUUGCGAAGGAGAUUGAAGCGUCAUGCAUCACCAUUGAGAGAGUUAUUGGAGCUGGUGAAUUUGGAGAGGUCUGCAGCGGGCGGCUGAAGCUGCAGGGGAAGCGUGAGUUCCCUGUGGCUAUCAAAACCCUGAAGGUGGGCUACACAGAGAAACAGAGGAGAGAUUUCUUGGGAGAGGCAAGCAUCAUGGGGCAGUUUGACCACCCCAACAUCAUCCACCUGGAAGGUGUUGUCACAAAAAGCAAACCAGUAAUGAUAGUGACUGAGUACAUGGAGAAUGGCUCUCUGGAUACAUUUUUAAAGAAGAACGACGGACAGUUCACGGUCAUCCAGCUGGUGGGGAUGCUGCGAGGCAUUGCGUCGGGAAUGAAGUACCUGUCUGACAUGGGCUACGUGCACAGGGACCUGGCUGCCAGGAAUAUCCUCAUCAACAGCAACUUAGUCUGCAAGGUGUCAGACUUUGGCCUCUCCAGAGUGCUAGAAGAUGACCCCGAAGCGGCCUACACAACCAGGGGAGGGAAGAUCCCAAUCCGAUGGACAGCACCCGAAGCUAUUGCCUUCCGCAAGUUCACCUCAGCCAGCGACGUCUGGAGCUAUGGCAUUGUGAUGUGGGAGGUGAUGUCCUACGGAGAGAGGCCCUACUGGGAGAUGACAAACCAAGAUGUGAUUAAAGCUGUGGAGGAAGGCUACCGCCUGCCGAGUCCCAUGGACUGCCCUGCUGCUCUCUACCAGCUGAUGCUCGACUGCUGGCAGAAGGACCGCAACAGCCGGCCCAAGUUCGACGACAUCGUCAGCAUGCUGGACAAGCUCAUCCGGAACCCCAGCAGCCUGAAGACCUUGGUGAAUGCGUCCAGCAGGGUGUCCAAUCUGCUGGUAGAGCACAGUCCAGUGGGGAGCAGUGCCUACAGGUCGGUGGGAGAGUGGCUGGAAGCCAUCAAAAUGGGCCGGUACACGGAGAUCUUCAUGGAGAACGGAUACAGUUCCAUGGACGCUGUGGCUCAGGUGACCCUAGAGGAUUUGAGGCGGCUGGGAGUGACACUUGUUGGUCACCAGAAGAAGAUAAUGAGCAGCCUUCAAGAGAUGAAGGUCCAGUUGGUGAAUGGGAUGGUGCCGUUGUAACUGGGUUUUAAAGUCACUUCCUGGCGUGGGUCGGUCCUGCACUUUGUACACUAGCCCUGAGAUUUAUUUUGACUAGAAAAAAAAAAUAAGAGAAAAAAAAAGAGAAAAAAAGGGAAAUGCAGUGCUUUCUACAACUGAAAGAAAGACCUUGGCUUCUGCCUCAGUGUUUCUAAAGCAGUGUUUGACUUCAAAAAGGUUUCCCUUUUUUUUCCUCCUUCUUUGUGUCCUCAUUUUCCUGACGUUGAUGUAAGAUGCAUGGAACAUGGAAACGAAUCUGCUGUCCCGUGAGGUGAACCCAUCUCUUAAGCUUCAGCAAGGACAACCAGAAGCCUUCCCACCACGAGCUGGGAGAUAGCUGUAUCAAGAGGGAGAGAGAGAGAGCUAUAAAUAUGCAUAGCACCUUUCCAUCCUGAACUGCAGCAGCACACGGUCAUGCUUCCAAGGACUGCCUCGAGCAGAGGAGUUUUGUGGCCAUCCACCCGCCAGGCUCCAACACAAGCUGCAGUUUACUGGAGUUUCAGCUUGGAGUCAGAGGUGUCUCCAGGAGUGUCUUGAAGAGCAAUAUUGAUUAGAGUAUUUCUCCAUAGAGAUGUUGUUUUGUAAAUGUAAAGGAAA